AGUGAAGUAGCAUUCACGAUAGAAAUCACGUCGUGAACCAGUGUCAAACCGCCUCAAAGUUUGGAGACGAAACAAAGAAACAAAGAAAGCUGGCUUUAUUUUCAUUCUAUGGUUUCUCUAUGGUCAACUAACAAAACCCGUAACCUCCAUCAGGCUUAAGGUAAGUCAACGGCGCCAUGUAAGUAACAACAAACGUAGAGAAGUUCAGUAUCUGCGGCUGGUUCAUUCGUAUGUGCCAUAACGCCAUGAAAGAAAAUUCAGGGCUUAACGGUAAAUAUGUUGUUUGUUCUUUUUAUCUUGCCUUGCUAUAUAAUGCUCAGCCUUUUAAAAAUUCAGUGAAGUAUUAUUGAGUCGCUUACUUUCAAUUUUCAUUCUGACCUUCGGGUUUCUAGUGUUCGUGAUAUUAAACUGAGGAUUUCCUCCUAACUGUUUUGUUGUUGGUAGUUAUGGUGCAAAAAUAAAUAGCAAGUAAUCUUAAAGGUUCUUACAUGUUUAUUUUCAGUUUAUCAAAGUGAUUCAUUUGAGAAACAAGAACUGAAAAUCUAUUGAUUAAACCACGAACGUCUCUCGGAAGAAAAACAGUGUCUUUCCCUUAAUGGGCAGUGGUGUUGACUUUAACAAGAACGCAGUUACCUUUAAUAAGGAAAUGGGAAUUUUCCGCUUAUUAUGUAGAAAGCAUUAAGAACAAAAGCAGGUUAUGUUUGCUUUUUAAGCUUCAGUUCAUGUGUGAGACCGUCCUUGCUAAAAACGCUUAUUUGCUCGUAGCUUGUGCAAUUAAUUUCCAAGACAUCUGCCGCUUUGAAGCUUCAAACCAAUCAAUUUGUCGUGACAAACCAUUUAUUAACCUCUCCCGCUGUUGUGUUUGAACUGUAGUUCACUGCAGCUCGGUCACCACUGGGUUUCGUGUGGGCGUCUCGACUUCAAACCGUAAAACAACGACCAAGGCUUUACACUGCGUGAGGUAAGGACUCUUUGUCUGACAGCUUCUUUACCACACCACAGGGUGCCUCAUGUAGUGAAAACGUAUGGCUUUUGAAAUCCCACACUUACAUUUAUUUAACCAUUGUUAAUGUAUACUUGAGCCAAAGUUAGAUAGUUCGUAUUUGACCAGCACGCCGUAAGUUUUUUUGUGUAAGUGUUUUUACUUCGGUCGCAAGGUUUCUCGUCACUGAUUUAGAUUCUAGAAUCAUCGGCGUUUUUUUGUGUUUUCAGAGUAUUACAGAAGUGAAAUGCCUUGUUUGCAAAUAACGACGUAGAUAUAAUUGUUUUAAUUUAACUUCAGGCAAAAUCUUAAUUUUUCAUUUAGCUCCACAUCACAACAAAAGACAGACUAUGUAAAUUUGAUAACGUCGUAGCACAAAUUAAGUAUAGACUAAACUUCCUAAAGAAUAUGUAUCUGUCUCUUUUCGCAUUAGGAAAACCAGGAAGUGCAAUGUUUUUCCUUUAUAUUAAUUUGCAAUUGAACCUGAGGGAAAGAAAGUAGACAGUCAAGCAUCAACUUAAAUAUUGGCCUCCGUUUAGGUUUAAUCAGACUUUUAUUUUCUCUUAACUUGAAUUUGAGUUCGCGAAAAACAAAGUUUCAUAUUGUAGCGAGUGGACAGAAAGUGACGUCAUCAUUCUCAACACGUGACUUCUCUCGGGAUUUCCCGAUUUUCAAUGACCACAGCGUAGAACUCUCUGCAGUAAUCUGUAUUUCAUACAGUAACAAAGCAUUCUUUCCUCUGCAAGGUUUUCUUGUCAAGUUUACAAUGUGUCAGUAUUUAUUGGCAAUCAAAGUUUAAUUAUUUGUCGUUAAAAUUACAUAAAUAGCACGCAAUGGUUAACGUCUGUAGAUGACAUGGUUGGUAAACAACUUUCGCUGUGACUAAAUGUACAUUAUUUUUUCGGCACAUUUAUUGACGACGGUAACCGAAGACCAUAAUAAUGAAGAAGGAUGUUUAAAACUGAAAUUUCUUCCAUGGUCCAUUGGGUUUUCACUCUAUCUAAAUUAUAACCUAGCUUGUAAAUUAUAGCCUAACAUCGUUUUUAUUCCAAAGCAAAAAUGAAGUAGCCAAAUAUUCCUUUUAAUGAAUUGUGACAGUAAUUUCGGUUUCUUUUUUUGGUCCUUAAAUUCACUAGCAGAAUUGGGCAGACUUGAAUGAUCGAUGGCCGAGUGUAAGGUUUUGUUUUGGAUGAGACGAUGAAGCCUAACAGUGAAAGUAAUAAAUCGAUAACAUCCUUUUACUUCGGCUGGUAAUAGAUCGGUCAUAAUUGCUUCGCUAUCACUGAAUAUCGUUUCCUCCUUUUGUUGAUUAAUGUUGUUUGUUAAUUCUUACCUGAACUUCACAAUUGAAAUAGCGAAAUUUCGUCCAAGCUUCAAACCAAAUUGGAUUCGGUCUGAAACAGGAAAGAUUUCAGAAGAAAACCUUGACGUCUCCUUCGUAGCCAUUGUAUGGGGACGUUUUGAAACGUUCUCUCCCCCAACUUUAGGCUUAAAACCUAGAGGCAAGCUUUGUAAAAAAGGAAAUUUAAACUCAGCCAGUCAGCCGUUUUGUAACGUUCUUGAGGCUAAAAACCUAUAGCCAAGGUUUGUGAAAUAGCACACUCAGUCAGUCAUGAGCAAGUAUUUUUGUCCUCAGUGGAUGAAGAAGAAAAUUAAGAAGAGCCCUUUGUAUCAACCAACAUAGGCCGGCAAAUUGUUUGUCUAUGGCACAAAUCAUUUAUGGUAGAAUAUCUUCCCAAUCAUUUAUGGUCAAGGUCCCUUCAUUGGUCAAUAAGGUACUCGACGAGCAACCUAGCUCUUCUCGCGGCUUAGCCUUCGACGCUCGUUCUGCACCACGAAAGCCCACCGGAAAGCGCACCGCUACGACCGACCUUGAUGACCUUUAACUAUUGAGCCACAGGGUUAAUGAUCUUCGUCUUAUGAUUCCUACAUAUAGAAACAAUAAUAUCUGGCAGCUUCAAACGCUAGCCGCAUCUGUCUCGUGUGGAAAUUUAAAAGAAAUACCUCCAUUAAUUUAUCAUAAUUGUUUAUUAUCCAGAAGAAUCUAAUGACGUCACUGUUACUUUGUGUCCUAGAGCUCGCCGUAUGCCGCCCGUUUAUGACAUUAACUUAACAAUUUUGGCAGCAUAAGAAACAAAAACCAAAGGUUAUAUAAUCAGAUCUGCGCAGUUAUGAAGGGAAUCUUCACUAGGACGUCGAAACUUCUAGCAGAUUACGCCGACAAGGCCACCAAUCUAACGCUGAAGAUACUGCAAAAAAAUUAUUUAAAAUUUAUCUUAUACAAGGUCUUGCGAAUCUUCAUCUUCGAACGUUAUAAACUCGAUAAUGGGGAAAGUAUCUUUUUUCGGUUUAUAACGUUUGUCAAAAAAAAAAAAAAAAUGAUAACUCUUAUCUUAACAAGAAAUAAAUCACCGGAUUUGUUCAAGAGCUAUGUUUAUAUUUACAAUAAGUAAACUACAUUUUUUUGUUUAAUCAGUUUCACGGUUAUUUCAAGGAGAAUAUGGUUUAAUACUUACUAUUAACCGAAACGAGUUCGUUAGAGUAUCACAGGUCGAGAACGCAGACACUUAAAGAUUUUUCCUUCCAUCAAAAUGUACUUGUGUGCGAAUAAAAAGCUUUGACUAUUGUCAAUGCCGAACGCUUCAUAACUACUAAAUUAUUAACAGUGGUAAUAUCUUGAACGUUUUGACUGAAAAAAAAAAUACAGAACAUUUUUUUUGUGAAGUACAUCGAUAUUAACCUACUUUUUCAUACUCUCAACUUUUGACGGUGUCGAGUCGUUCAUUGCACAGUUGUUUUGCUGUUUUGUUCCUAGAAAUGUUAUUUCAAUAAACCCAUUAUUGAGGGUGUUACAGUACAACUACUCUUUAAUUCGAUGCGCUUGAGGCAAUUUACACCUGCAAACCAAUAAGCACAAAAAUAAUGUUUAAUUUGUCCGACCAAUAGGAGGCUCACUACAAAAAUGAUUCUUAUUGAUGUUAAUAGCCGUUGAAAGACUAAGGAAGAAGGGAGUCGUGUCGAAGAAUCUCGGCAAAUAGGAGCUUUCUUCGGGUUUGUAGUCGCUCUAUUACACCUAAACCUCUGUAAUAUUUGCACUAAUACUAUCAUGUUUGUCUCUAGAUAGGCUGAGCCAAAAUAAUUUGGGAUUUUCUUUUACAAUGAAGAAGGAAACAGUCUUUAUGUCGCUUCUAAUUGCAACAUUCUUCCACGGACUGCUAACAAGGAGUGCCCCAGGAACUGGAGGAAGCAGAGGACCCAGAAGUUCAAAUCGUUCUUCUGAUAGCCGUCAAACAAAAGUUAAGUUACCCGACGCGUCGUACGCCAAAGUAUCUAAACUUAUCAACCGCAGACUGAAGCGCUACGACAAGAAUGUUCGUCCAAACGAUACAGGACCGCCUGUAGAAGUUCUUAUCGAAUUUAAACUUAUGGCCUUCGGAAAAAUUAGAGAAGAAGAUAUGGAUUACACAAUCGACAUAUUCUUUAGGCAGUGGUGGAGGGAUCCGCGGCUCGCUCACGGAGAAGACAAAGUGUUUAACGCUGCCCUAGAUCCAAGAAAACUAGGACCUGGAAUCUGGACUCCUGACACGUAUUUCAGGAACGUAAAGUCUUCCAAUUACCAUGCGAUCAGUCGUGAAAACAUGCGACUUAGAAUAUCUAAAGAAGGAGAUAUCUACUUUAGUGCCAGAAUUACUCUAACGGCACAGUGUGAUAUGGAUCUGAGGUUGUUUCCUUUAGACACCCAAAACUGUGAUCUUAUAAUAGAAAGCUAUGCAUAUACAGUGGAUGACGUUAUCUAUAACUGGAAAAAUCGAGGCAAAAGUGCAAUCGAAGUGUUUGCUUCCGAGCUGGCACAGUUUGAUAUGGUGGAUAUUGUAACAUCCAAGAAAGCUAACACUAAUAGUAAAGGUUCUUUUGAUAGUUUAAAGGCGACCUUCACCCUCAAGCGACGAACGACGUAUUUUAUCUUCCAACAUUUUAUUCCUUCUGCGUUUCUUGUUUUCCUCUCGUGGCUUAGCUUCUGGGUUGAUCGUCAUGCUGUUCCCGCACGAAUUUCACUCGUGAUCACGUGCAUUCUGAGCACCAUGUUUCUAUUCGAAUCAAUCAACUCCAGUCUCCCGCGGAUUUCCUAUCUGAAGGCAGUGGAUUAUUACUUGAUUACGUCAUUCGUGUUUAUCGUUUCUUGUAUGGUGGAGUACGUGUGCGUAUUGAAUUUCCCGGAUAAGGCGUCUACAUUACUAAGGAGUCAAAGUCUUGCGCCGCCUCAAACACCAAAUCAACCAGGAAACUCCAUUGCUGAGAUGAUGGACCAAACGUAUAACUGUAGCAAAGACCUGCGGCCAAAUGGCGUGGCGGGAGGCCUGUCUCUUAGGAAAGGGGCUUUCCUUCACGAGAAUCUCUCGGCGUCGAGAAGAAAGAGUCCUUUCGUCAACGCUGCCUACCUGGAUGGACUCCCUACGAGACAAUUUCCUCCCCAUUAUAUUGAUCAAUACGCGCGGAAGAUCUUCCCGCUUCUUUUUGGACUGUUCAACAUAGUCUACUGGUCUUACUAUCUUCCAAGGCGGUGAUGUUAAGACUGGACAAAGAAAAAAAGAGAGCGAUUAAGACCGACCGCGCCGGGAGAUAACAGAGCUCGGAGGGAGAAUAGUUGCGCUGUGCUGCUUAAACCGUAAAGCCUAGGUGUACAUUUAAAGACGAACAGAACACUUAAUUUUUUUCGGGGGAGCGGGGAGGGGGACUGUUCCGACGAGGGGUGACAGCUUUAACAAAAACCUUGUGUUUUGCAAUACAGAGAGCUGAUGAAGGUCGUCCGAAGAAUCUUGAGAAUCACCACAAACAUUCCCAAAAAAGGAACCUGUGGCACCCUGCAAUUUCCCAUAAAAUGUUUAAUGUUCAGCUUUCCCGAAUUCCUGUACUUAUGUAAAUUUAACCUACGAUCCGGCGUUCUUUUUUUGGGCGAAUUUGAAGUAUUUCUGCAAUAAUAUCUGUCAUCGUCCUACAAUUUUGGCCAGACAAAAUCCGUUUAAGGAUGUGAAUACCAAACUAGCCUUAAAUUACCGCUCUUCUUGACAGAAUCAAUCAGAAAUGCUAUUCGUAAAUAUUCUUUUUCUUUGACCAUCAUCGCUUAAAAAGAAAUAACACGCAAACUGUGGUGAUAAACGUGGGAAAAAAGGCAUGGUUGAAUAGAAAAUUGUAUCUUUUUACUUGACGUUUCGUAUGUUUCACCCUUUAUUCUACUUUUUUGAAAGACUGAACAACUUUGCUCUAAUUAACGAUGCUAAUAAAUGGCCAAGCACUGAGUCAGAUUAAGAGAAAGCAACUGAAACAAUAUUAUGCAUUGACUGGUAUAUUGCCUUGAUGUAUACCUAACUUCUCAGCAGUAACAUAGCGCUGUUUUGAGAAAGGUUGUCCAACAAAAGCGUAUGAAGCGUACUCCACAAUGUCGAAAGGUUUUUGAGGAUAACGGUGGUUUGCGAUUGCUUGACUGAAGCUAAAGGUGUUGCAGCGUGGUAGACGCAAACAGCAAAACACGUGUAUUCAUGGUUUCCCUUCCCUCUUGCGAAACAUGGUGAACAACGCCAGACCGUCACUACCCAUGAUACCAACGGGUGUUGUCACAUGCGCUUUUACGCUUUUUUGUGACAGACUUUGUCAAAAAAUAUACACGGCACGGGAUUAACAUUGAAAGCUCGCUAAAAGCUUUCAAGGCAUCACUCUUCAGUUCAGUUCUCAAAAAUGACCCGCUUACCUCGAUCGCCUUACUAUUAUAUCCUUGUAAAAUGAUGAGGCCAAACGGUCACCAUAGCCUCAUUGAGCGCGAAAAAUUGUCAAAUCGUCUCUUGCUAUGUGGGCAAUCUGACGGUUGUGUUGGCUGAGUAUACGGGGUAUAGAAACCGAACCACCUGGAUCUAAAUGAGCUCUCAUUACUCAUUUCAGUGAAACUAAAGAGAAACUAUUAAGAUCUUUAAACUUUAUGAAGAGAAAUUUCUUGAAAGGGAGUAAAAUAUUUCAAAAAUGCUCUUCACGAAAUGGGAAAUAUUCGGAGACAACGACGCUUUGAACUGAUCCCGUUGAGUUGUUUCCGUCUCAUAGAUUCAAUUCUAAGGAAGGUGAAGUUACCCAAGCAAUAACAGUAAAAAUGUUUUGGUUUCUAUUACAAAAGCUCGAUCGACAAUUAUGUGAGGGACCUUUAAGUCUAGAAAGUUAUGUUUUAAUUAAACGGUCCUCUAAAUUACAAUAUGCUUACUUAGGGUCAUGCAUUUGCGGUGGAAAUAUUAUUAAGAGAAAUGUUAAUAAUAUUGUUAACACGUUCGUUAAUUAACGAGGGCAAAGUUAAAAUGCUUCGCGUGUCUAUGAGCCAGCUGCUUUUAAAUGUUACCUGUCUAUGAAAUGCACAGUUUAUUUUAGAAUUUGAUCAAAGCAAUGACUGUUCGGGACCUCUAUUAUUAUUCGCCUGUUAUAUUACAUGUAUGUUGGACCAGGGG